AUGAUGAACACGAUAGUGGGAAUCUCUCCCUACAUUGGUCUUGCAAUCCCAGCAAUUGCAAUUGCACUUUUCUACUACAGAUACACCCUCAACUAUCCCAAACCCAACACCAUCACCAACUUCAGAACAGGCCCGAAAUGCCUCAAAGUCAUUGAAGGCUCGUAUCAUCCAGACGGAAGAAAGAACAACCUCUCUGAGCACGAAGCAAGGGCCCUCGAAAACGAGACAAUCAAGAGGGUAUUCGGUAUUCGCAACGCUUUCACCACUACCGACAAGGACGAAGCAAAGCGGUUUGUCCAGGGGGUGGCCAGGCUCAUGAAACUCACCGAUACGGGCUGGGAUAGACUGCGCUGUGUUCUGUAUCGCACGGGCUGGGACACGGUGAAUAUGCUACUCGCGACGGGCGACGGGCGAGUCAACCUGGCGUCUGUAACACAGGUCCUGGCGCUCCAAUCGUCUCUAUGCGUGUUUUUCCAUAUGACGGGCGAAGUCGACGAUGAACGUCUCCUUGAUUUGGCCGCGAUCAUACACAAGACUUGGGUGGACAUGAAAAUAGAGGAACCGAAUGGCAAAGAACCAGUGAAAGACUUCAAGGACAACCACGACUUCCAGACCGCACUAUCCGCCGUCUUCCCAGGCCGCGACAUCCUGGAUCCACGAUCCAACCCGCUGAAUCUGAUCUUACCCAGUUUCGAGACUGUUUGGCGCGUUGCGUUGAGACUAUUCAUGGAGCUGCAUCGCCGGGAUAACCAGGAAGAAACUUCCACCCUCAUUUCAUUUGCACAAAAACCCACAGACGCCCAGUUUAAGACUGAAUCUUACGAGAACAAGAUCUCUGCAAAGUUUCUAGUCAAAGAAGCCCUCCGGCUGUAUCCACCUUCGAGGCGAAUUCGACGCGCGUACCGUUUCAGUAACACCAACAGCCCAAUAACCUGCUUCGCCGACGUGGAAGCCUGCCAAACCGAUACAAAAACAUGGGGAGAAGACGCCAUGCAGUUCAAGCCCGAGAGAUGGAAGAAAGCAGGCGUCGUGCAGGAUCUGUCGUUUCUCGCGUUUGGGGGGCGGCCGUUCCUGUGUCCGGCGAGUCAGGACUUUGGACUGAGGGUUAUUGGUCUGAUUACUGGGGUUCUGUUGGAUGUUUUUCGUGAUGGAUGGGUUUUGGAAUUGGAUGAUGUGGAGGAGAGGAGAGGGUUGAAGGCUGGAGAGAGGUUGAGCAAUGAGCGUGAUGCUUAUGGUGGUGUUUUUCUUGCAAUAUCCUGA